AAUCCCACUACUGGAAGUCUUGAAAUCAUCUCUACUAUGGAAGAUGAACCACCAGUCCCGGAAAUACAGUUUUCCUUCAAAAGAUUUUUCUGCAUACCACAAGCAAAAGUGGACUCCACUGCAGAUACAUGUGGAGAUAUCGAACCACCUUCAAUGUGCCAUGUUUUCAUGUCCCUAAAGUACUUUCCAUAUAUCUGUGGUUUAUUCCUCGCAGUAAUCCUAGCAGUUGCCAUUGGCCUGGGUGUACAAUACAACUGCAUUGGGAAGUUUCGCUGCAGAUCGUCCUUUAAGUGUAUCCAGAAAUCAGCCAGGUGCAAUGGUGUCUUCAACUGUAAAGAAGGGGAGGAUGAGUACAGAUGUGUCAGGUUGAGUGGCAAGAAAGCAGUGCUGCAAGUGUUCACUUCUGGAUCCUGGCGAACAGUCUGCUCUGAUGACUGGAAAGCAGAGUAUGGAAAUACUACCUGCAAACACCUGGGUUUCUCAAGUUACGUGAGUUCAGGUUACCUGCCCGUGGCUGCUGUUGAAAAACAGUUUCAAAGACAUUUCGUAUCCCUCAGUGAGUGGUUAUCAGCUGAUCAAGCUACAUCCCUGCACAAUGCAACAAGCCUCAGAGAGGAAUGCACUUCUGGCAAUGUGAUCAUCUUAAAAUGUUUGGCAUGUGGGACACGGGCCAGCUACAGGCCACGGAUCGUGGGGGGCAACGCAUCCUCCCCCCAGCAGUGGCCCUGGCAGGUCAGCCUGCAGUUCCAUGGGCAGCACCUCUGCGGAGGGUCCGUCAUCACCCCGCGCUGGAUCAUCACAGCUGCCCACUGUGUCUAUGACCUGUACUUGCCGAAGUCCUGGAGUGUGCAGGUUGGUUUUGUGACUCAGCAAGAUACCCAGGUUCACCCAUAUUCAGUGGAAAAAAUUAUAUACCAUCGGAAUUAUAAACCCAAGACAAUGAGAAAUGAUAUAGCACUGAUGAAACUGGCAGCACCGCUUGCUCUCAAUGGUCACAUAGAGCCAAUUUGUCUGCCUAAUUUUGGUGAACAGUUCCCAGAAGGGAAAAUGUGCUGGGUAUCAGGAUGGGGAGCAACCGUGGAAGGAGGUGAUACAUCUGACACCAUGAAUUAUGCAGGUGUUCCUCUGAUUUCUAAUGCAAUUUGCAACCACAGGGAUGUCUAUGGAGGGAUCAUAAGUCCUUCAAUGCUUUGUGCCGGUUUCCUGAAGGGAGGGGUAGACACGUGCCAGGGAGAUAGUGGGGGCCCUUUAGCAUGUGAAGACAGGAGUAUCUGGAAGUUGGUGGGGACCACCAGCUUUGGAGUGGGCUGUGCAGAAAAGAACAAGCCGGGUGUCUACAGCCGAACCACCUCUUUCCUGGACUGGAUACAUGAACAGAUGGAGAGAGAAGAGCUGCAGACCUGAGGAGAGCAAUGGUGCUUCUGAACACCCACAGCCUCACAGAAGGACUCACCACACUCUUCUGGACACCUGCUCUGAACUUUGUACAUUCACAGACUACUUUGUACCAUUUCCUUUUGGUACUGGUAGCUGUACAUAAUGAAAACUGCUGCACAUGCAGCCUCUUUUGGAUGGAAGAGGCAGUUGGAUGCUGGAUGAUGGGCAUGCGUAUUUACUGUCAGCUAUGAAUUUCACACGUAGAAAAAGCUCUAAGACUGAUAACCCAGGAGGCUUUAUCGCAAUAAAGUUUUUAAGGAACAAUG